AAAACGAAAAAUCAGUAUAUAUUGAUGUUAAAAGUUGAGUUAAUUUAUCAGAAUACAAAUUACAGAAGCUUAAGAAAGUGAGUCCGUCUCAUUAAAUUAACGAUAAAAAUGUCUCGAUUUUUAUUAAUAAGCCUUGUUUUCGCUGCUACUCUUAUCAUAAGCAUUGACGCUACUUGUCAACCGCGAUGUCAUGGAAGAAAUGAACAGUGGUAUCCAUGUGGAGCAUGUGAUUCUAAAUGUGGAAUCAAAGUUUCUUGUUUAACAGUGUGUAGAAAAGGAUCAUGUGGCUGUAAGCCCGGAUACGUGAGAAAUAGCUAUGGCACAUGUAUGCUUGAGAAAUACUGUCCUAAAACUCCGAGGUGUGGAAAGAAUGAAGAGCUUAAGAUGUGUGGGGCAUGUGAUAGUACUUGUAGGGAAGAGAUGGCUUGUACAAGAGAAUGUCGUCUUCCCGAAUGUGGUUGCAAAAAAGGAUAUGUCAGAAGUGAUUAUGGCGAAUGCAUUCUUCGAUGCGAUUGUCCUAAAUAUCCAACAUGUGGGAAAAAUGAAGAGGUGAAAAUUUGCGGGGCAUGUGAUAAUACAUGCCAAGGAAAUAUGUCCUGUACACUAGACUGCCGUCCUCCCGAAUGUGGUUGCAAAAAAGGAUAUGUGAGAAGUGAUUAUGGCGAAUGUAUUCUUCCAAGCGAUUGUCCUAAAUAUCCAACAUGUGGGAAAAAUGAAGAGGUGAAAAUUUGCGGGGCAUGUGAUAAUACAUGCCAAGGAAAUGUGUCCUGUACACUAGACUGCCGUCCUCCCGAAUGUGGUUGCAAAAAAGGAUAUGUGAGAAGUGAUUAUGGUGAAUGUAUUCUUCCAAGCGAUUGUCCUAAAUAUCCAACAUGUGGGAAAAAUGAAGAGGUGAAAAUUUGCGGGGCAUGUGAUAAUACAUGCCAAGGAAAUGUGUCCUGUACACUAGACUGCCGUCCUCCCGAAUGUGGUUGCAAAAAAGGAUAUGUGAGAAGUGAUUAUGGUGAAUGUAUUCUUCCAAGCGAUUGCCCUAAAUAUCCAACAUGUGGGAAAAAUGAAGAGGUGAAAAUUUGCGGGGCAUGUGAUAGUACGUGUGAGGGAGAUGUGGCUUGUACAAGAGAAUGCCGUCCUCCCGAAUGUGGUUGCAAAAAAGGAUACGUGAGAAAUGAUUAUGGAGAGUGUAUCCUCAAAGGCGAUUGCCCUAAAUAUCCAACAUGUGGGAAAAAUGAGGAGGUGAAAAUUUGCGGGGCAUGUGAUAAUACAUGUCAAAGAAAUGUGUCCUGUACACUAGCAUGCCGUUCUCCCGAAUGUGGUUGCAAAGAUGGAUAUGUGAGAAAUGAUGGAAAAUGCAUCCUCCCGUGCGAUUGUCCUAAAUAUCCAACAUGUGGAGAAAACGAAGAGCUAAAGAUGUGUGGGGCAUGUGAUAGUACAUGUACGGUGCAAAAAAAGUGUUCGAAAGAAUGCCGUCAUCCCGAAUGUGGUUGCAAAGAUGGAUAUGUCAGAAGUAAUAACGGCAAGUGCAUCCCUAAAUGCGAUUGCCCCAAACUUCCAACAUGUGGAGAAAAUGAAGAGAUAAAGAUGUGCGGGGCAUGUGAUAAUACAUGUAAAGGAAAUGUGUCCUGUACACUCGCAUGCCGAACUCCCGAAUGUGGUUGCAAAAAAGGAUAUGUGAGAAAUAAUGGAAAAUGCAUCCUCCCGUGCGAUUGUCCUAAAUAUCCAACAUGUGGAGAAAACGAAGAGCUAAAGAAGUGUGGGGCAUGUGAUAGUACAUGUACGGCGCAAGGAAAGUGUUCAAGAGAAUGCCGUCAUCCCGAAUGUGGUUGCAAAGAUGGAUAUGUCAGAAGUAACAACGGCAAGUGCAUUCCUAAAUGCGAUUGCCCCAAACUUCCAACAUGUGGAGAAAAUGAAGAGAUAAAGAUGUGCGGAGCAUGUGAUAGUACAUGUGAUGGAGAUAAGGCUUGUAAAUUAGCAUGCCGUCAUCCUGAAUGUGGUUGCAAAAAAGGAUACGUCAGAAGUAAAUGUGGCAAGUGCAUCCGUAAAUGCGAUUGUUCCAAACCUUGCAGCUGUUAAGAAAUUAUUUAAUGUAUAUUAUUAUACUUGUUAUCAGUAUAAGUAAUAAUACUUACUAUGUUUUCUGAUAAUUUAUUUAUUUGAAAUAAAUAUAUCUAUUCAAGUAACAAGAGUGAUUUAUUUUUAAUUUGUAGAAAACUUAUUUAACGUUAAGUAAAUACGAAUUAUUUUGGCUUUAUUUUUUAAUCUUUGAAACAUAACUACCACAACAUUGUCAGUUAGAAAUUUAAAGUAUUUCAUUGAAAACAAUAAUGAAUUAUUUUACUAACUUUUCAAAUGUAUAUAUAGAUUUCUUAUUUUUCUGUAAUUAUGUAAAUAAUAAUAUAAUACUCACGAGAUAGUUGUGGGUUAUACCCGUGCCAAUUAUAAUCUUAUCUCAGCAUGAUUCAUAGUUAUUAUUUAAUUUUUAUAUUUUUUUCCUUAAACCGUUAGUAUAAAUUAAAACUAAAAGUUUAAUUUAUCUAUCAGAAUUAAAGUUGCAGUAACGCAGAAAAGUACGUCUCAUUGAAUAAAAAAACAAACAUGUCUCGGCUUCUAUUAACGAGCAUCUUCCUCGUCGCAACUCUCGUUGUUUGUACUUGCGCCCAAUUUGAUUCAUGUACUGGAGAAAAUGAACAGUUUUACGGGUGCGGGGCAUGUGAUAGUAAAUGCGGAGUUAGAAUGAGUUGCAUAUCAGUUUGCAGAGGUGGAUCAUGUGGCUGUAAAUAUGGGCAUGUAAGAGACUCUCAAGGUAAAUGUAUUCCUGAAAAAGAUUGCCCUCCAAAUUCCCACUUGUUGAGAUCUAAUUGAAAUCAUUUAUAUUUGCGGAACAUGUGACAAUGAUUGAUUUACGAAAUAAAUAUAUCAAUAAUAAAUAUAUAUAGAAUGAA